AUGGCAGGACGAGGACACGGGAUGGCUACGAGCCGACGACGAGGGCAUAUUAUAAUUCAGGUGAGUAGCAACAUGACUUCCCUCCCUCUCCUUUUUUCACACCAGAAGCAGGGGCGACGGACAGUGACGACAAAAGGCGUCGUCACUGUCCACAUUAUUCUGGGUGAACAUCAUGACUCCCUUACCCAUCUCCUACUGACGGCGACGUGGCGACCGACCAAGGAUGAACAACAACGACUUUGGACAACGAAUGACGAAGAAGGACAACAAAUGACAACGACCACCACCAACGAUGAUGAAUGUCUCCCCGACAACGAACCAUGACCGCCAACGAACAACGAUGAACGACGACUACAACAACAACAACAAUGACCAACCACGACAACGACAAUGGAUUUAGU